ACUGAUAAAAAGGAAGCAAUCCUAUCGGUUACUGCUUAGUGCUGAGCACAUCCAGUGGGUAAAGUUCCUUAAAAUGCUCUGCAAAGAAAUUGGGACUUUUCAUUAAAUCAGAAAUUUUACUUUUUUCCCCUCCUGGGAGCUAAAGAUAUUUUAGAGAAGAAUUAACCUUUUGCUUCUCCAGUUGAACAUUUGUAGCAAUAAGUCAUGCAAAUAGAGCUCUCCACCUGCUUCUUUCUGUGCCUUUUGCGAUUCUGCUUUAGUGCCACCAGAAGAUACUACCUGGGUGCAGUGGAACUGUCAUGGGACUAUAUGCAAAGUGAUCUCGGUGAGCUGCCUGUGGACGCAAGAUUUCCUCCUAGAGUGCCAAAAUCUUUUCCAUUCAACACCUCAGUCGUGUACAAAAAGACUGUGUUUGUAGAAUUCACGGAUCACCUUUUCAACAUCGCUAAGCCAAGGCCACCCUGGAUGGGUCUGCUAGGUCCUACCAUCCAGGCUGAGGUUUAUGAUACAGUGGUCAUUACACUUAAGAACAUGGCUUCCCAUCCUGUCAGUCUUCAUGCUGUUGGUGUAUCCUACUGGAAAGCUUCUGAGGGAGCUGAAUAUGAUGAUCAGACCAGUCAAAGGGAGAAAGAAGAUGAUAAAGUCUUUCCUGGUGGAAGCCAUACAUAUGUCUGGCAGGUCCUGAAAGAGAAUGGUCCAAUGGCCUCUGACCCACUGUGCCUUACCUACUCAUAUCUUUCUCAUGUGGACCUGGUCAAAGACUUGAAUUCAGGCCUCAUUGGAGCCCUACUAGUAUGUAGAGAAGGGAGUCUGGCCAAGGAAAAGACACAGACCUUGCACAAAUUUAUACUACUUUUUGCUGUAUUUGAUGAAGGGAAAAGUUGGCACUCAGAAACAAAGAACUCCUUGAUGCAGGAUAGGGAUGCUGCAUCUGCUCGGGCCUGGCCUAAAAUGCACACAGUCAAUGGUUAUGUAAACAGGUCUCUGCCAGGUCUGAUUGGAUGCCACAGGAAAUCAGUCUAUUGGCAUGUGAUUGGAAUGGGCACCACUCCUGAAGUGCACUCAAUAUUCCUCGAAGGUCACACAUUUCUUGUGAGGAACCAUCGCCAGGCGUCCUUGGAAAUCUCGCCAAUAACUUUCCUUACUGCUCAAACACUCUUGAUGGACCUUGGACAGUUUCUACUGUUUUGUCAUAUCUCUUCCCACCAACAUGAUGGCAUGGAAGCUUAUGUCAAAGUAGACAGCUGCCCAGAGGAACCCCAACUACGAAUGAAAAAUAAUGAAGAAGCGGAAGACUAUGAUGAUGAUCUUACUGAUUCUGAAAUGGAUGUGGUCAGGUUUGAUGAUGACAACUCUCCUUCCUUUAUCCAAAUUCGCUCAGUUGCCAAGAAGCAUCCUAAAACUUGGGUACAUUACAUUGCUGCUGAAGAGGAGGACUGGGACUAUGCUCCCUUAGUCCUCGCCCCCGAUGACAGAAGUUAUAAAAGUCAAUAUUUGAACAAUGGCCCUCAGCGGAUUGGUAGGAAGUACAAAAAAGUCCGAUUUAUGGCAUACACAGAUGAAACCUUUAAGACUCGUGAAGCUAUUCAGCAUGAAUCAGGAAUCUUGGGACCUUUACUUUAUGGGGAAGUUGGAGACACACUGUUGAUUAUAUUUAAGAAUCAAGCAAGCAGACCAUAUAACAUCUACCCUCACGGAAUCACUGAUGUCCGUCCUUUGUAUUCAAGGAGAUUACCAAAAGGUGUAAAACAUUUGAAGGAUUUUCCAAUUCUGCCAGGAGAAAUAUUCAAAUAUAAAUGGACAGUGACUGUAGAAGAUGGGCCAACUAAAUCAGAUCCUCGGUGCCUGACCCGCUAUUACUCUAGUUUCGUUAAUAUGGAGAGAGAUCUAGCUUCAGGACUCAUUGGCCCUCUCCUCAUCUGCUACAAAGAAUCUGUAGAUCAAAGAGGAAACCAGAUAAUGUCAGACAAGAGGAAUGUCAUCCUGUUUUCUGUAUUUGAUGAGAACCGAAGCUGGUACCUCACAGAGAAUAUACAACGCUUUCUCCCCAAUCCAGCUGGAGUGCAGCUUGAGGAUCCAGAGUUCCAAGCCUCCAACAUCAUGCACAGCAUCAAUGGCUAUGUUUUUGAUAGUUUGCAGUUGUCAGUUUGUUUGCAUGAGGUGGCAUACUGGUACAUUCUAAGCAUUGGAGCACAGACUGACUUCCUUUCUGUCUUCUUCUCUGGAUAUACCUUCAAACACAAAAUGGUCUAUGAAGAUACACUCACCCUAUUCCCAUUCUCAGGAGAAACUGUCUUCAUGUCGAUGGAAAACCCAGGCCUAUGGAUUCUGGGGUGCCACAACUCAGACUUUCGGAACAGAGGCAUGACCGCCUUACUGAAGGUUUCUAGUUGUGACAAGAACACUGGUGAUUAUUACGAGGACAGUUAUGAAGAUAUUUCAGCAUACUUGCUGAGUAAAAACAAUGCCAUUGAACCAAGAAGCUUCUCCCAGAAUUCAAGACACCCUAGCACUAGGCAAAAGCAAUUUAAUGCCACCACAAUUCCAGAAAAUGACAUAGAGAAGACUGACCCUUGGUUUGCACACAGAACACCUAUGCCUAAAGUACAAAAUGUCUCCUCUAGUGAUUUGUUGAUGCUCUUGCGACAGAGUCCUACUCCACAUGGGCUAUCCUUAUCUGAUCUCCAAGAAGCCAAAUAUGAGACUUUUUCUGAUGAUCCAUCACCUGGAGCAAUAGACAGUAAUAACAGCCUAUCUGAAAUGACACACUUCAGGCCACAGUUCCAUCACAGUGGGGACAUGGUAUUUACCCCUGAGUCAGGCCUCCAAUUGAGAUUAAAUGAGAAACUGGGGACAACUGCAGCAACAGAGUUGAAGAAACUUGAUUUCAAAGUUUCUAGUACAUCAAAUAAUCUGAUUUCAACAAUUCCAUCAGACAAUUUGGCAGCAGGUACUGAUAAUACAAGUUCCUUAGGACCCCCAAGUAUGCCAGUUCAUUAUGAUAGUCAAUUAGAUACCACUCUAUUUGGCAAAAAGUCAUCUCCCCUUACUGAGUCUGGUAGACCUCUGAGCUUGAGUGAAGAAAAUAAUGAUUCAAAGUUGUUAGAAUCAGGUUUAAUGAAUAGCCAAGAAAGUUCAUGGGGAAAAAAUGUAUCGUCAACAGAGAGUGGUAGGUUAUUUAAAGGGAAAAGAGCUCAUGGACCUGCUUUGUUGACUAAAGAUAAUGCCUUAUUCAAAGUUAGCAUCUCUUUGUUAAAGACAAACAAAACUUCCAAUAAUUCAGCAACUAAUAGAAAGACUCACAUUGAUGGCCCAUCAUUAUUAAUUCAGAGUAGUCCAUCAGUCUGGCAAAAUAUAUUAGAAAGUGACACUGAGUUUAAAAAAGUGACACCUUUGAUUCAUGACAGAAUGCUUAUGGACAAAAAUGCUACAGCUUUGAGGCUAAAUCAUAUGUCAAAUAAAACUACUUCAUCAAAAAACAUGGAAAUGGUCCGACAGAAAAAAGAGGGCCCCAUUCCACCAGAUGCAGAAAAUCCAGAUAUGUCAUUCUUUAAGAUGCUAUUCUUGCCAGAAUCAGCAAGUUGGAUACAAAGGACUCAUGGAAAGAACUCUCUGAACUCUGGGCAAGGCCCCAGUCCAAAGCAAUUAGUAUCCUUAGGACCAGAAAAAUCUGUGGAAGGUCAGAAUUUCUUGUCUGAGAAAAACAAAGUGGUAGUAGGAAAGGGUGAAUUUACAAAGGACGUAGGACUCAAAGAGAUGGUUUUUCCAAGCAGCAGAAACCUAUUUCUUACUAACUUGGAUAAUUUACAUGAAAAUAAUACACACAAUCAAGAAAAAAAAAUUCAGGAAGAAAUAGAAAGGAAGGAAACAUUAAUCCAAGAGAAUGUAGUUUUGCCUCAGAUACAUACAGUGACUGGCACUAAGAAUUUCAUGAAGAACCUUUUCUUACUGAGCACUAGGCAAAAUGUAGAAGGUUCAUAUGAGGGGGCAUAUGCUCCAGUACUUCAAGAUUUUAGGUCAUUAAAUGAUUCAACAAAUAGAACAAAGAAACACACGGCUCAUUUCUCAAAAAAAGGGGAAGAAGAAAACUUGGCAGGCUUGGGAAAUCAAACCAAGCAAAUUGUAGAGAAAUAUGCAUGCACCACAAGGAUAUCUCCUAAUACAAGCCAGCAGAAUUUUGUCACGCAACGUAGUAAGAGAGCUUUGAAACAAUUCAGACUCCCACUAGAAGAAACAGAACUUGAAAAAAGGAUAAUUGUGGAUGACACCUCAACCCAGUGGUCCAAAAACAUGAAACAUUUGACCCCGAGCACCCUCACACAGAUAGACUACAAUGAGAAGGAGAAAGGGGCCAUUACUCAGUCUCCCUUAUCAGAUUGCCUUACGAGGAGUCAUAGCAUCCCUCAAGCAAAUAGAUCUCCAUUACCCAUUGCAGAGGUAUCAUCAUUUCCAUCUAUUAGACCUAUAUAUCUGACCAGGGUCCUAUUCCAAGACAACUCUUCUCAUCUUCCAGCAGCAUCUUAUAGAAAGAAAGAUUCUGGGGUCCAAGAAAGCAGUCAUUUCUUACAAGGAGCCAAAAAAAAUAACCUUUCUUUAGCCAUUCUAACCUUGGAGAUGACUGGUGAUCAAAGAGAGGUUGGCUCCCUGGGGACAAGUGCCACAAAUUCAGUCACUUACAAGAAAGUUGAGAACACUGUUCUCCCGAAACCAGGCUUGCCCAAAACAUCUGGCAAAGUUGAAUUGCUUCCAAAAGUUCACAUUUAUCAGAAGGACCUAUUCCCUACGGAAACUAGCAAUGGGUCUCCUGGCCAUCUGGAUCUCGUGGAAGGGAGCCUUCUUCAGGAAACAGAGGGAGCGAUUAAGUGGAAUGAAGCAAACAGACCUGGAAAAAUUCCCUUUCUGAGAGUAGCAACAGAAAGCUCUGCAAAGACUCCCUCCAAGCUAUUGGAUCCUCUUGCUUGGGAUAACCACUAUGGUACUCAGAUACCAAAAGAAGAGUGGAAAUCCCAAGAGAAGUCACCAGAAAAAACAGCUUUUAAGAAAAAGGAUACCAUUUUGUCCCUGAACGCUUGUGAAAGCAAUCAUGCAAUAGCAGCAAUAAAUGAGGGACAAAAUAAGCCCGAAAUAGAAGUCACCUGGGCAAAGCAAGGUAGGACUGAAAGGCUGUGCUCUCAAAACCCACCAGGCUUGAAACGCCAUCAACGGGAAAUAACUCGUACUACUCUUCAGUCAGAUCAAGAGGAAAUUGACUAUGAUGAUACCAUCUCAGUUGAAAUGAAGAAGGAAGAUUUUGACAUUUAUGAUGAGGAUGAAAAUCAGAGCCCCCGCAGCUUUCAAAAGAAAACACGACACUAUUUUAUUGCUGCAGUGGAGAGGCUCUGGGAUUAUGGGAUGAGUAGCUCCCCACAUGUUCUAAGAAACAGGGCUCAGAGUGGCAGUGUCCCUCAGUUCAAGAAAGUUGUUUUCCAGGAAUUUACUGAUGGCUCCUUUACUCAGCCCUUAUACCGUGGAGAACUAAAUGAACAUUUGGGACUCCUGGGGCCAUAUAUAAGAGCAGAAGUUGAAGAUAAUAUCAUGGUAACUUUCAAAAAUCAGGCCUCUCGUCCCUAUUCCUUCUAUUCUAGCCUUAUUUCUUAUGAGGAAGAUCAGAGGCAAGGAGCAGAACCUAGGAAAAACUUUGUCAAGCCUAAUGAAACCAAAACUUACUUUUGGAAAGUGCAACAUCAUAUGGCGCCCACUAAAGAUGAGUUUGACUGCAAAGCCUGGGCUUAUUUCUCUGAUGUUGACCUGGAAAAAGAUGUGCACUCAGGCCUGAUUGGACCCCUUCUGGUCUGCCACACUAACACACUGAACCCUGCUCAUGGGAGACAAGUGACAGUACAGGAAUUUGCUCUGUUUUUCACCAUCUUUGAUGAGACCAAAAGCUGGUACUUCACUGAAAACAUGGAAAGAAACUGCAGGGCUCCCUGCAAUAUCCAGAUGGAAGAUCCCACUUUUAAAGAGAAUUAUCGCUUCCAUGCAAUCAAUGGCUACAUAAUGGAUACACUACCUGGCUUAGUAAUGGCUCAGGAUCAAAGGAUUCGAUGGUAUCUGCUCAGCAUGGGCAGCAAUGAAAACAUCCAUUCUAUUCAUUUCAGUGGACAUGUGUUCACUGUACGAAAAAAAGAGGAGUAUAAAAUGGCACUGUACAAUCUCUAUCCAGGUGUUUUUGAGACAGUGGAAAUGUUACCAUCCAAAGCUGGAAUUUGGCGGGUGGAAUGCCUUAUUGGCGAGCAUCUACAUGCUGGGAUGAGCACACUUUUUCUGGUGUACAGCAAUAAGUGUCAGACUCCCCUGGGAAUGGCUUCUGGACACAUUAGAGAUUUUCAGAUUACAGCUUCAGGACAAUAUGGACAGUGGGCCCCAAAGCUGGCCAGACUUCAUUAUUCCGGAUCAAUCAAUGCCUGGAGCACCAAGGAGCCCUUUUCUUGGAUCAAGGUGGAUCUGUUGGCACCAAUGAUUAUUCACGGCAUCAAGACCCAGGGUGCCCGUCAGAAGUUCUCCAGCCUCUACAUCUCUCAGUUUAUCAUCAUGUAUAGUCUUGAUGGGAAGAAGUGGCAGACUUAUCGAGGAAAUUCCACUGGAACCUUAAUGGUCUUCUUUGGCAAUGUGGAUUCAUCUGGGAUAAAACACAAUAUUUUUAACCCUCCAAUUAUUGCUCGAUACAUCCGUUUGCACCCAACUCAUUAUAGCAUUCGCAGCACUCUUCGCAUGGAGUUGAUGGGCUGUGAUUUAAAUAGUUGCAGCAUGCCAUUGGGAAUGGAGAGUAAAGCAAUAUCAGAUGCACAGAUUACUGCUUCAUCCUACUUUACCAAUAUGUUUGCCACCUGGUCUCCUUCAAAAGCUCGACUUCACCUCCAAGGGAGGAGUAAUGCCUGGAGACCUCAGGUGAAUAAUCCAAAAGAGUGGCUGCAAGUGGACUUCCAGAAGACAAUGAAAGUCACAGGAAUAACUACUCAGGGAGUAAAAUCUCUGCUUACCAGCAUGUAUGUGAAGGAGUUCCUCAUCUCCAGCAGUCAAGAUGGCCAUCACUGGACUCUCUUUUUUCAGAAUGGCAAAGUAAAGGUUUUUCAGGGAAAUCAAGACUCCUUCACACCUGUGGUGAACUCUCUAGACCCACCGUUACUGACUCGCUACCUUCGAAUUCACCCCCAGAGUUGGGUGCACCAGAUUGCCCUGAGGAUGGAGGUUCUGGGCUGCGAGGCACAGGACCUCUACUGAGGGUGGCCACUGCAGCACCUGCCACUGCCGUCACCCCUCCCUCCUCAGCUCCAGGGCAGUGUCCCUCCCUGGGUUGCCUUCUACCUUUGUGCUAAAUCCUAGCAGACACUGCCUUGAAGCCUCCUGAAUUAACUAUCAUCAGUCCUGCAUUUCUUUGGUGGGGGGCCAGGAGGGUGCAUCCAAUUUAACUUAACUCUUACCUAUUUUCUGCAGCUGCUCCCAGAUUACUCCUUCCUUCCAAUAUAACUAGGCAAAAAGAAGUGAGGAGAAACCUGCAUGAAAGCAUUCUUCCCUGAAAAGUUAGGCCUCUCAGAGUCACCACUUCCUCUGUUGUAGAAAAACUAUGUGAUGAAAGUUUGAAAAAGAUAUUUAUGAUGUUAACAUUUCAGGUUAAGCCUCAUACAUUUAAAAUAAAACUCUCAGUUGUUUAUUAUCCUGGUCAAGCAUGGAACAAAACAUGUUUCAGGAUCAGAUCAAUACAAUCUUGGAGUCAAAAGGCAAAUCAUUUGGACAAUCUGCAAAAUGGAGAGAAUACAAUAACUACUACAGCAAAGUCUGUUUCUGCUUCCUUACACAUAGAUAUAAUUAUGUUAUUUAGUCAUUAUGAGGGGCACAUUCUUAUCUUCAAAACUAGCAUUCUUAAACUGAGAAUUAUAGAUGGGGUUCAAGAAUCCCUAAGUCCCCCGAAAUUAUAUAAGGCAUUCUGUAUAAAUGCAAAUGUGCAUUUUUCUGACGAGUGUCCAUAGAUAUAAAGCCAUUUGGUCUUAAUUCUGACCAAUAAAAAAAUAAGUCAGGAGGAUGCAAUUGUUGAAAGCUUUGAAAUAAAAUAACAAUGUCUUCUUGAAAUUUGUGAUGGCCAAGAAAGAAAAUGAUGAUGACAUUAGGCUUCUAAAGGACAUACAUUUAAUAUUUCUGUGGAAAUAUGAGGAAAAUCCAUGGUUAUCUGAGAUAGGAGAUACAAACUUUGUAAUUCUAUUAAUGCACUCAGUUUACUCUCUCCCUCUACUAAUUUCCUGCUGAAAAUAACACAACAAAAAUGUAACAGGGGAAAUUAUAUACCGUGACUGAAAACUAGAGUCCUACUUACAUAGUUGAAAUAUCAAGGAGGUCAGAAGAAAAUUGGACUGGUGAAAACAGAAAAAACACUCCAGUCUGCCAUAUCACCACACAAUAGGAUCCCCCAUCUUGCCCUCCACCCCCAUAAGAUUGUGAAGGGUUUACUGCUCCUUCCAUCUGCCUGACCCCUUCACUAUGACUACACAGAAUCUCCUGAUAGUAAAGGGGGCUGGAGGCAAGGAUAAGUUAUAGAGCAGUUGGAGGAAGCAUCCAAAGAUUGCAACCCAGGGCAAUUUGAAAACAGGAGAUCCUAAUAUGAAAGAAAAAUGGAUCCCAAUCUGAGAAAAGGCAAAAGAAUGGCUACUUUUUUCUAUGCUGGAGUAUUUUCUAAUAAUCCUGCUUGCCCCUUAUCUGACCUCUUUGGAAACUAUAACAUAGCUGUCACAGUAUAGUCACAAUCCACAAAUGAUGCAGGUGCAAAUGGUUUAUAGCCCUGUGAAGUUCUUAAAGUUUAGAGGCUAACUUACAGAAAUGAAUAAGUUGUUUUGUUUUAUAGCCCGGUAGAGGAGUUAACCCCAAAGGUGAUAUGGUUUUAUUUCCUGUUAUGUUUAACUUGAUAAUCUUAUUUUGGCAUUCUUUUCCCAUUGACUAUAUACAUCUCUAUUUCUCAAAUGUUCAUGGAACUAGCUCUUUUAUUUUCCUGCUGGUUUCUUCAGUAAUGAGUUAAAUAAAACAUUGACACAUACAAACAAA